AUGAAGAUUAGUGUAUUAGUUACGCUUAUUGUUCUGCCGAUGCUGACGUCAAUUGGUCUUUAUUUUUAUGCGUUUUUAAAUACGCGUUGGAGUUAUCUAGAUGAAGAUUUAAUUGAUCAACAUAGUCUGUUGCAAGAACGACAACGUGUACAAUCAAAUGACGUUCCAAAUAGACUGCCAUUGCAAAUGAAACCAACUCGUUAUGUAUUUCGCUCUUACUACGGUUUAUUCGGCUACUGUCUAGAUUUUCGAUGGAUCAAUCUCUUAACACCUAAACUAGCUCCGACAGCAUCUGAACAACAAUUUCGAACAAAUUCAACAUUAACCUGUCAACGAUGUCAUGAUCCGAAAAACCAAUGCCCUGGUACUGAUUGCUGUAUGGUGCGAUGUAAUAAUAUACCUGAUUGUCCGUCAUAUUAUGACGAGAAGGAUUGUAAUCGACCGUACAAUCAAACACGUUACUAUUGGCCGCAAGGAAAUUGUAUGUGGCAAUCAACUUGGCUUGGCAAUCACGAAUUACAAAGUUAUUUGUCAUCGUAUGAAACAUCUCCACAAGGAUCUCAUUAUUAUACAAAACGUAUUCGAUAUUUUGUCAUGUUUCUUCUCUUCCUUGCUGCACCAUUAUUAACAUUUCUGGCUUUAUUAAUUCUAUUCUGUAUAAGUUGUGUCGAGCGGUUUUAUUCAAUCCCAUUUGCAUUUGUUAGUUUCAUGUCAUUAGCAUCGUUUUUAAGUGGCACAGGAGCUUUGGGUAUCUUUCUAUAUGAAUGGGUACACGAACGGUUUUAUCGACCUGAUUAUACAUAUGAAUUUAAAGAUGACGCCUUGAUUCGUUCCUUGAAUCCCUGGUUAAUUCAAGUUGAACGGUUCGGCUUACCCUUUUGGUUAAUCAUUGCAGCUGUUGGUGCAACUUUAUUCACCACAAUACUGAGCUGUUGCUUCUGCUGUGGAUUGCAAUCGGAAAAAUCAAAAUUGCGUUUUCAUGUGGAUAAUGAUGUUUAUGAGAUUGUUCAAAUGACACCGUAUGAUGAGUGA